AUGCACGAUCGGGACAUCUUCGAGGCGCCUAGAAAACCUACGUCUGGUUCUGCUAUCCCCCCGCGCCGCUCUCAGUGGCUCGCAUUGUUAGCGUUGCUGCUGGCGCUGCCGUUGACGUUAUCGCUGGGCGAUGACGUGUCCAACUGUGAUUCGCUGGUCAGUGGUCCCGAUCCAUCCAUCGUUCGCCAUUCUCGCAUUUCUUCGUCUACCUCUCUUUUCUUCCCCUUCGACAUUUUCGUUUUCCCUCCUCCGACCCUAUUUUCGCCCCCCUCUCCGUUCCCGUCACCCUCUCCGUUCCCGUCACCAUAUGCCUGUGAUGAGACGAUUUUUGAGUUAACAACAAAAUCGUCUCAAUUUCCUUUUCCCUCCGACCCGCAAUCGCGCUCUCGCCCCAUUCUCCGUUCCCAUCACCACAUGCCUUUCCUCUCUCUCCCCAUUGUCAAGCUCUCCAUCAGUUCUUUUCUUCCUUCUCCUCAAAAUCGGCCUCCCUCCGCCCCUCACGUCUCAGGGUUCCUCCCGUCUAAUCGGCUUUCCUUCCUCACGUCUCACCCCUCCUCUCACCUCACCUCCGUUUUGGGGUUCGUUCCUCCCCUCCUCGCGCCUCGCCCCCUCCUCUCACCUCCGCUUCGGGUUCCCCGAGCACCUCUGUGGCGACUGGUGGAAGGAGUAUUCCUCUUCGGCUGUGGGGGGCUGGGGGACGCUCUGAUUGGCCUAGCCGCCGCGUUCACUGUAGCACUUUUGGACGGACGUGCCCUGAUUCUCAACCACCCGUGCUUGCCGCAAGCCUUUGACCCCGCCCACGUUGACUGGCGGUUGACCGACGAUGUCCCCAUGGAACCUUCCAGGAAAUACACGUACGUUCCGCCUCCUGGCGUCGGCCCUUCUGCUGCUAAUUCACCACCGGCUGCUGGUGCUGCUGCAGGCAGUGAGGCAGACAGUGAGGCAGGGGCAGAGCCGGCAGACGCAGCGGUGCAGGCAGGGGAGGUGGUUCGGCUGAACCUCAAGAACCGCCAUGUGGACUUGCAGCCGCUCUUCUCCCGCCUCGCCCCCGCCGCCAACAUCCUGCUGCGCUGGAACCGCGGCGUGCUCACCCGGCUCUUCCUGGAGGCUUAUAACGCGGAUAGGGAGGCUUAUAACGCGGAUAACGGAGGGAAGGAGGAGGGAGGUGUGGGAGGAGAGUGGGGGAUGAGGGGCAGCAGGGAGUGGGCUUUAAGGUUGAGGAGUAUGGGGCUCAGGCUGCCGCUUGCAACGGGAUGUUUUCUGCGCUUCCUUCUCAGACCAAAGCCUGAGGUGUGGCAACUCAUCCGACCGUUCGAUCAGCAGCUGAGGGGCGAUCGGACGGUUGUGAUCGGCUUACACAUUCGAUUCGAGGACAGAGCAGUGUGGGGCGAGGGAGGGGAGGGGGCGCCGUUAUCACUCUCAGAGGAGCGAGUGAGGGCGAUGGUGGAAGAAGUCAAACCCACUCUUGAGUGUGCCAAGCGAGUGCAGGAGUGGCACGUCCCCUCCUCCCUCCCUGUCAAGUGGUUGCUCCUUUGCAACUCCAUGCAAGUCAAAGAGGCCAUUCGCAAGCAAUACCCGGACAAG